AUGUCAACCCAGUACGCUAUUCUGGGAGAGGUGAGACCCCACCCCAGCACCAUGAACCUUUCUAAUGUCCCACCAGCCCUCAAUGGCUCCCAGGGAGGCCCCGGGACUACCCUGUAUGGGGGCCAUUCUUUGUGGCAGGUAGUGUUGAUUGUGCUGAUGACUGGGAUCCUUUCACUGGUCACAGUGGUGGGCAACCUGCUUGUGAUGGUCUCCUUCAAAGUCAACAGUGAAUUGAAGACAGUCAACAACUACUUCCUACUCAGCCUGGCCUGCGCUGACCUCAUCAUUGGGGCAGUGUCUAUGAACCUCUACACCACCUACAUCAUCAUGGGCCACUGGGCCCUCGGCAACAUGGCCUGCGACCUCUGGCUGGCCCUUGACUAUGUAGCCAGCAAUGCUUCAGUCAUGAACCUCCUGAUCAUCAGCUUUGACCGCUACUUCUCCGUCACACGGCCCUUGACCUACCGGGCCAAGAGAACUCCCAAGAGGGCGGCCAUCAUGAUCGGCCUAGCUUGGGCCAUCUCCUUCAUCCUUUGGGCACCCGCCAUCUUGUUCUGGCAGUACUUUGUUGGGGAGCGGACAGUGCCCUCAGGAAACUGCCAUCUCCAGUUCCUCUCUCAACCUAUCAUUACUUUUGGCACGGCCAUUGCAGCCUUCUACCUGCCAGUCACCAUCAUGAUUAUUCUCUACUGGAGGAUCUACCGGGAGACUGAGAACAGGGCCAGAGAACUGGCUUGCCUGCAAGGCUCAGAGAGCAAAAGCAUUGUCAGGCCAAUCCCCAACAAUGGGCCUAGAGGAGGUGGCAUAGGCAGCAACAGCAGCUCCGAGCAGUUCCAACCCAUCAAGGUUUCUUCUGCUGUGGCAACAGCCCACACACAAGCCUGCUGCUUCCCCAGUUGGAAGAAGACCAGACUAUAUGUGGAGCCAAGCAGCAAUAGGAACUGGAUCAAUACAGAGGAGGAGGAGGAAGAGGAGGACGGCUCCCCUGAUUCUUUGACAUCAUCUGAGGGAGAGGAGCAGCCCUUUGAGGUUCAGAGUGUCUGCUCGGUAGUGAUCCGGCUGCCUAUGAUUGGCAGUGUAGCGCAGCCACCUCUGCCAACACAGAAGUCAACCCGGGAUAGGGAGAAGGUGGCUGGAGGGCCAUGGGCAGAGGGGAAUGGCUUGUGCAGGAUCCUAGCCCAGUCUCCUGCUGCCACCGAGUCCCCCAACAUGACCAAGAAGCCGUCAAACAAAAAGAUAUCACCAAUGAAGGAGGAGAUGUUGACUGCCAAAAGCCAUCUGCGGAAGAGGAGCAAACAGCUCUCCCAGCGGAAGACCCUCUCCCUGAUCAAGGAGAAGAAAGCAGCCCGAACACUGAGUGCCAUCCUGCUGGCCUUCAUCCUCACCUGGACACCCUAUAACAUCAUGGUGCUGGUGUCCACCUUCUGCCAGGACUGCGUUCCUAACAGCCUCUGGAAGCUGGGCUACUGGCUUUGCUAUGUCAACAGUACUGUCAAUCCCAUGUGCUAUGCCCUGUGCAAUAAGUCUUUUCGCAAUACGUUUAAGAUGCUGCUGCUGUGCCGCUGGGACAAGAGGAAGUGGGGGAAGAUACCCAAGCACGUGGUGGCCUUCCACAGGGCUCCAGCACACUGAGCAGGUGUGGGGUGAAUUCCAGAAUGAUUAAAUCCCUGGGCUGGGAUGAAGAAUGUCAGGCAAACUGCACUGCAGUGGAAGAAUGAGACCUGGCUGUGA